GUUCGUUCCGUUCAGUUCAAAUACUACCGCCGCGUCCGGUAGACGCGGCUAUAGUGCCGCCUAACCCUUACCCCCUUGUAACCCCAUAAUAGUGUGUGUGUCUUUUCCCUGUGCUUGUGUUUAAUAAUAUCACCAUGGUAGCCGGAGGAAAACAGAUGAACGUCCGCGUGACGACUAUGGACGCGGAGCUGGAGUUCGCGAUCCAGCAGACGACCACCGGGAAGCAGCUCUUCGACCAGGUGGUCAAGACCAUCGGCCUGCGAGAGGUCUGGUUCUUCGGCCUCCAGUACACCGACUCAAAGGGUGACCUCACCUGGAUUAAGCUUUAUAAAAAGGUGAUGCAACAAGACGUCAAGAAGGAGAAUCCUCUGCAGUUCAAAUUCCGCGCCAAAUUCUAUCCGGAGGACGUGGCAGACGAACUUAUACAAGAGAUCACACUGAAGCUGUUCUAUCUUCAGGUGAAGAACGCAAUCCUCUCGGAUGAAAUCUACUGUCCGCCAGAGACGUCGGUGCUGCUGGCGUCGUACGCGGUGCAGGCGAGGCAUGGCGACCACAACUCCAACAUCCACGGUCAAGGGUUCCUGGCCAACGACCGCCUGCUGCCGCAGCGAGUCACCGAUCAGCAUAAGAUGUCCCGAGAUGAAUGGGAGCAGAGCAUCACGAACUGGUGGCAGGAGCACCGCGGCAUGCUGCGCGAGGACGCCAUGAUGGAGUACCUGAAGAUCGCACAGGACCUGGAGAUGUACGGUGUGAACUACUUCGAGAUCAGGAAUAAGAAGAACACGGAACUGUGGCUCGGCGUCGACGCCCUCGGUCUCAAUAUCUACGAGAAAGAUGACAAGCUGACACCCAAAAUCGGCUUCCCCUGGUCUGAGAUCCGCAACAUCUCUUUCAACGACCGCAAGUUCAUCAUCAAGCCGAUCGACAAGAAGGCGCCGGACUUCGUGUUCUUCGCGCCGCGUGUUCGUGUCAACAAGCGCAUCCUGGCGCUGUGUAUGGGCAACCACGAGCUCUACAUGCGCCGCCGCAAACCCGACACCAUCGACGUGCAGCAGAUGAAGGCGCAGGCCCGUGAGGAGAAGCUGGCCAAGCAGGCGCAGAGAGAGAAGCUGCAAUUAGAGAUCGCGGCCCGCGAGCGCGCUGAGAAGAAACAGCAAGAGUACGAGGACAGACUGCGGCAGAUGCAGGAGGAGAUGGAGCGCUCACAGGCGAACCUGGUAGAAGCGCAAGACAUGAUCCGAAGAUUGGAGGAGCAGUUAAAAUUGCUGCAAGCUGCCAAGGAAGAGCUGGAGCAACGCCAGAACGAGCUGCAAGCGAUGAUGCAGCGUCUUGAGGAGACCAAGAAUAUGGAAGCAGCGGAGCGCGCUAAACUGGAGGAGGAGAUUCGCACCAAGCAGGAGGAGGUGUCGCGCAUCCAGCAGGAGGUCGAGGUCAAGGACUCGGAGACACGCCGUCUGCAGGAGGAAGUGGAGGAGGCACGCCGCAAGCAGGACGAGGCGGCGGCGGCGCUGGCGGCGGCCACCACGCCGCAGCACCACCACGUGUCGGAGGGCGGCGCCGACGGCGGCGACCACGACGGCGGCUCCGACGGCGGCUCCGAGUCCGGCGGCGGGGAGCUCGCGCGCGCCCCCGACGACCUCGUCGACCCCGUCACCGACCGCCGCACGCUGGCCGAGCGGAACGAGCGCCUCCACAACCAGCUCAAGGCACUAAAACAAGAUCUCGCGCAAUCGCGCGACGAGACGAAAGAAACCGCCAUGGACAAGAUCCACCGAGAAAACGUCCGCCAGGGGCGAGACAAAUACAAGACGCUGCGUGAGAUUCGCAAGGGGAACACCAAGCGGCGCGUCGACCAGUUCGAGAACAUGUAACCGGCAGCGGAACCGCGCGGCCCAGGGACGGCGGCUACCGUCCACCGUCCACCGUCGGCUGACAGCCGCCGUCACACUCCACCACCCUUCGUCCCGAGGCUGCCAGCCCUCCACCCUCGCGAUGUGACGGU